AUUUGUACAUUACCUAAUUUAUAUCAUAUGCGCGGAACCCUCCAUUUCAAUAUUCAGCUGUCGCCAACCUGGAAUUUAGAGGCAAAAUUCACUUGAGCGUCUACAUAAUGCCGGUUUCUAUUGACUGGGGGUACUACUUGUAGGUUAGAGCGUUGCUUCUACAACUGACGUAAGGUAUGCAAUCAUGUAGGUACCGUUCAUGGCUAUGGCUUAUUUAAAGUCGAAGGCAUAGUUAUCACUCGAGGAGAUCUAUGUACCUGUGAAAGACGGCCAAGUGAAAAUAUAGUCAGACCCCAAAAAAUGUAUAUGGAUGUGGCAUUGCAGUAGAUUGAGUGGUGGCAUAGUUCGCUGCACGGGAUGCAGAUUGGACACCACCAAAUGUGGCCCACCGGUUGCCACUAUCAUCUAGAUGCAUCACCAAGUCCAGCUAAUCAAUGAAACGAAGCCUUGCCGAUUUGGAGAAGAAAAGUAGUUGAAUCUCGCCUGGCUUGCCUGCUCUUACUUUCUUUCAAAUACAUACUUUAGGACCACUGUGCCCACUCUACAAAAGCCCCAUACUCUAUCAUGGUUAGCUCACGAAAAUUAGUUGCGCAAGUGCUCUCGUUAUUCUCACGUGCUAGUGAUGAUGUUCCAGCAGCUUGCUAUAACGCAUGUAACAAUGCAUACUUGGAGGCACAAAGAAUUGGGAAACAACCGGCCUUAUGUGCUGCAGAUUCGGAUUUUAGCACCUACUUGCAAUCCUGCUACAAUUGUGUCGAGGAAAACGGAGGAAGCGAAACGUCUUUGAGCCAGCUUGAUCAAUUUGUGGAUUACUGCAACGCAACUACUCCUAUCCCGGUAAACCACACCUUGACCACAUCUUACCCGGUUGUGACAGAAGUACUCCCUCAUACGGUGACGUCGGGCGGGAGUGUAGUUGGGACUUGGUUUUUUACAACCAAUAUUACAAUACUUCCUUCUGUUUCAGUCGUUGAAAUCACAAAAACACUUGGUGGAAAAUUAACGACCUUUACCUUCACCACGACAUACUCUAGUUUGCCUACUGGACAAGCACAGGCUCCAAAUGAAACAAGUAUGAAUUCUCCAGCACACGAUCCAGGGCCAGCGACACCUGCGAAUCGCGCUUGGAUUGCUGGUCCUGUUGUCGGUGGUGUCGUCGGGGUAUCAAUUAUUUUACUAGGAAGUUUUUUCCUAUGGCGUCAUAGAAGAAGUAAGCGGGAAUCAUCGACUGAACUUGAAGCACAGGAAACCUCUGGACCGAAAUACGAACUAGAUGCGCCAAAUCGUCCACAAGAACUUGAUACAGUUAGCUCGAGGGCAACACGUACGGAUGGGCCACAGGAACUUGGAGUAAAUGGAUAAUAACCAGCCUUGAAGAUGAAAUGAUCAUGCUAGAGAUCUGGUGUGUUUGGAGGUUGGUAACUAGGAGUCUCGUGGGAUUGGAGUUCGACCCCUAGGUUAGGAGAUCCUAGGAGGGCAAUCGAUGAUUAGUCCUAAAAAAGAGCGGACAAAACACUCUUCCUGUACGUAGGUAGGUAGAUAUCCGUGGCCCCAAGACAAGAGUAGUUUAGAACUCCUCGCACAACAUUGAUGUUUCCUCGAUUGUCAAUUCCGCGUCAUGAUACAAAUCAAACAUGCGGUUGAUUUCCCGACUUUACUUAUGUAGUAGGUACUCGACGGCUUUCGUAUAGCGCACAAGUUCACUCUUCUCAGUGAAGUUCAAUGUUCUAGCCAAGCCUUCCUGUGUCGCCC